AUGACGCUAUGGCAAAUGAAGAGCGGCCAGCAGCCAUACACGGGAGAGGAUCCGCACUCGGUAAUCUACAGGGUAGUGCGAUUCAACUACAGACCGAUGCAAUGCAGUGAUGUCGCCGCCGAUUCUUUGGAGAUCUCUUACGAUGCACUCGUUGCCAGCUGCUGGAACAAGGAUCCGCACAGCCGCCCCUCAGCGAAAUGCCUUGUUGUACUGUGUGAGGAGAACAUUCGUGGGGUGCGCUUUAACAUCUACGAUGUGACGCUUCGCGGCGGCGGUCAGGUGAUCCCGACGACGAGACGCGUGCUCUACGCCUCCCAACUCACCGCGAAGCCAAGAAUGAUGGAGCCCGUCUACCUGGUCGAAAUUCAGAUGAGAUUGUCGGCUGUCGGCGGCAUCUACGGAGUGUUGAACAGACGGCGUGGCCACGUCAUUGAGGAGGCACAGGUGCCAGGCACCCCGAUGUUUGUCGUGAAUGCGUAUCUGCCCGUCAUGGAGUCGUUUGGGUUCACGGCGGACCUGCGAUUAAUCACCGGUGGACAGAGGUUCCCACAGUGCGUGUUCGAUCCCUGGCAGAUCCUUCCCGGAGAUCCAUUCGAAGAGGGCUCAAAGCCACGCACGGUUGUCAACGACUCGAGGAAACGGAAGGGCUUGAAGGAGGGCAUCCCCGACCUCGCAAAUUACCUCGACAAGCUAUAAUAACGCGCGCAGAUUUCUUCUACCCGGGGA